AUGGAUCUAAAAUUGCUGAUUUUGUUAAUACAUUUAACAAUCGCUUUUUCCAACCCCGUCAAAGACGACAACAAAUUGGGGUGUUUGGUGUGCCACCCUGUAGAAACUGAUAAAAUUAACGUGCAUCUAAUACCCCAUUCUCACGAUGAUGUAGGAUGGUUGAAGACAGUAGACCAGUAUUACUACGGCAUGAAAAACAAAAUUCAGCAAGCCGGUGUCCAAUACAUCAUCACCUCAGUCUAUGAGGCUUUAUUAGAAAAUAAAGAUAGAAGAUUUACCCAAGUCGAAACGGCAUUCUUCUGGCAAUGGUGGAAGAACCAAGACGAGGAAACCAGGAAGAAAUACAGAAGUUUGGUAGAAAACGGCCAAAUAGAAAUGGCCAACGGGGCCUGGUCGAUGAACGACGAGGCUUGCGUUAAUUACCAAUCUACCAUCGACCAAUUCACCUGGGGUUUGAGGACUUUGAGCGAAACAGUCGGAGACUGCGGCAGACCGAGAAUCGGCUGGCAGAUCGACCCGUUCGGGCACAGCAGAGAGCAGGCCUCCCUGCUGGGACAACUCGGUUACGACGCGAUGAUUUUCUCCAGGCUGGAUCACGAUGACAAAGAUACCAGAAUGAAUAACCGAACUAUGGAUUUCGCUUGGCGAGGAAGCCAAAAUUUAGACAACAGCGUGAUAUUCGGCAGUACUUUUGCUACCGAUAUUUAUUUCCCACCGUCGGGAUUCUGCUGGGAUUACAAGUGCGCUGAUGAUGUUAUCGACGAUAACCCGAAUAGCCCUGACUAUAAUCUAGGCGAAAUAGUAGAGGAAUUCACGGAUCUAAUCAAACAUCAGUACGCCAAAUAUUUUCCUACCAACAACAUCAUCAUACCAAUGGGCGGCGAUUUUCAAUUCGAAGCAGCCGAAAAGAAUUUCGGAAACAUGGAUAAAUUCAUUAAAGCCUUUCGAACAAACAAAACUGAUCUAAACGUCUUCUAUUCCACGCCAUCUUGUUACGUUAAAUCCGUGCACGAUUCUCUCGACAAACAAAACGACAAUUUAGUCGUGAAACUCGACGACUUCUUCCCUUACAGCAACGACAAUCACUCCUUCUGGACCGGUUACUUCUCUUCCAGGCCGAACUCCAAGAGAUUCGAAAGAACCGGACACAACGUCCUGCAGGUAACUAAGCAACUCUACGCCCAAAAUUCGAUACUCACAAACAAAACUUACGACGACAAUUUGAGGUACUUGCGGGAGAUGAUGGGCGUCAUGCAACACCACGACGCCAUAACAGGCACCGAGAAGCAACAUGUCGCUAGCGAUUAUGUCAGGCGACUCACCAAGGGAAUCGAAGACGCCGAGAAAGAUCUCGGUGAAAUUGUAAACGAAUUAUUAGGAGACGAUUUGAAAUUAAACCUAAAAUCGUGCCAUUUAAGCAACAUUAGUAUAUGCAACACAGAGGAUCAGUUUAUUGUUACAAUAUACAAUCCUUUAGCCUGGAAUAUAACGCAUUACGUGAGAUUACCAGUAGAUAAAGGAACCUACGAAAUUAACGGAGGAGAAGUACCAAACGAUGUGAUCCCGGCAAUCCACGACUUUGACUAUGUCCCUUGGGAAGUAGGCAAGCCCAAGGGGUACGACCUGGUGUUCGCUGCUAAAAACUUACCGCCGAUGGGGUUGCAAAUCUACCACGUCCGUAAAACAUCUAAUUCAUUGCCCGGUCAAAAACAAUUCGAUUCGAGUACUUUCAAAUUAAAUUCUACUAGCAAUCUACUGGAAACCGUCACUUUCAACGGAAAAACGUACUACGUCUCGCAAACCUUCCAAAUGUACUACUCCGCCAAUGGGAAAUAUGAUGGAACCUACACCAAUUCCGGGGCUUACUUAUUUAGACCAUCGAGUUCAAAACCGGAAGAGCUAGGCAACGUGGAAAUAUCGUAUAGUGUCAAAGGAAAUGUGGUGGACGAGGUCCAUCAAAAAUGGAAGGACGAUAACGCUGAUAUAUCACAAAUCAUCAGGUGGUACCACGACGAGGACUACCUGGAAUUCGAUUGGUUAAUCGGCAAUAUAAACCUUACGGAAAAAUCCUCUCGAAAGUUCGGCGGUAAAGAAUUCAUCACCAAGUUCACGGUAACCGACGAUUUCAGCAACAACAACACCUUCUACACCGAUUCCAAUGGAAGGGAAAUGAUCCAGAGGAAAUUGAACCAAAGAUGGGAUUACACUUACGACCCCACCUAUGAACCAGUAGCUAGCAAUUACUAUCCGGUGACGUCGAAAAUAGUUAUGAAAGACGAGCUAAAAGAUAUGGAAGUCGCCGUUUUGAAUGAUCGUUCUCAAGGCGGCUCCUCUUUGGAUAUCUUCUCUUUGGAACUGAUGCUGCACCGAAGGCUCCUCUAUGACGACAACAAAGGCGUAGCCGAAAACUUGAAUGAAAUUGAAUUUAUGAAACCAGUGUACGUGAGAGGGUCUCACUACUUGGUUGUCGGAUCGACCAAGGGUCAGGACUUUAACGGUAAAUCAACGGCCGCUGUGGAAAGAAUCUUAGCUCAAAAAAAGCUAGUGCAACCUUGGAUAGGAGUCAGUUCGAUAAACAAAACUUACGAAGAAAUUAGGAAAAGUUCAAACUUAAGGUACGAAGGUUUAAAAUCUUCUCUCCCUGAAAACGUCAAUAUCCUGACUUUCGAACCUUGGUCAUCAAACCAGUAUCUCUUGAGAUUGGAGCACAUAAUGGAGAAAAACGAAGAUAAAGACUUAUCUACUCCAACCACAAUUGACCUAAAAAACGCAUUCAAGCACUUUAAUAUUAAAAACAUGACCGAAACAACCUUGGGAGCGAAUGAAUUGUUAUCGGAUUUCAAUAAAAGAGGAAGAUACAUCUGGGUGAAGAAUGAUAAAGAAUCAACGAAGUCUGCCAAUGUUGAUGAUGACGCAGGAAUAACGCUUCAGCCGAUGCAAAUCCGAACUUUCAUCGUGGAAUUGGGUGGAGAUGAACCAACAAGUUUCGGUUUAAUGUUGAAACCGGCUGCAUCACUCUUACUAUUUGUUACUUUAUUGGUUAACAUGUUGUAGUAA